AUGAGAAGCUGUUUCUUUACUGCUCUGGCGGUAGGAUUCUUAGCUAGCAGCUCAGCAGCCAUUCAUCUCUUCCAACGGGAUGCGUCACCGGCGGUUGUAAGACUGGGUACAUACAGGAAGGCAGUACAGGAUCCUGUUAAAAGAGAUGGGCUACGCCGAAGACAGACGCUUACCGAGACACUUGACAAUGGGGAAACACUUUACUACGCCAACGUCAGCCUAGGGACGCCAGCCCAGAGUUUAAGGCUACAUAUCGACACUGGGAGCAGCGACUUGUGGGCGAAUGUAAAAUCGUCUGAGAUUUGCACAGACCGAGGGAGUCCUUGUUCCGCAGGAGGAACUUAUGAUGCCAACUCGUCAAGUACCUACAAAUUCGUGAACAGCGACUUUAAUGUCUCUUAUGUCGAUGGCUCUGGAGCCGCAGGCGAUUACGCUACCGAUACAAUUAGCAUUGGAGGACAGACUUUGACUAGCCUACAAUUUGGCAUUGGCUAUCAGUCAACAUCAACGGAUGGUAUUCUGGGAGUUGGAUAUACCGCAGACGAAGCACAAGUCAAUGCGGCCAACCUGAAGUCCUACCCAAACCUCCCUCAAGCCAUGGCUAACGCUGGUCUGAUCAAAUCGAACGCAUAUUCUUUGUACCUAGAUGAUCUCGAAGCCAAUACCGGGUCAAUCAUUUUUGGUGGUGUGGACACAGACAAGUACACAGGUCAACUCCAGACACUGCCCAUACAGAAAGAAUUCGACGAGUAUGCGGAAAUCAUCAUCACUUUGAGCGGCGUGAGCAUUAUCAAUGGAGGUAGAACCCAGAACUUGAACACCGACCUUCCCACUGCCGUCAUUCUGGACAGUGGGAGCAGUUUGACAUACCUACCAAAUGACCUUACGAGUGCAAUCUACACUGCUUUGGAUGUCCAAUAUAGUCAACAAGACGGGGCUGCAUUUGUGAGCUGCGACCUUGCCAGCGAGAAUGUCACCCUGGACUUUACAUUCACUGCCGAAGAGAGCCGGGAAACCCCAAACUCUGGCGACAAUGGUGAGGGCUCGUAUGGUUUCAGUGGCAGCGACGAAAACAUCUGCCUCUUCGGUGUUGCUCCAUCCCAAGGGUCAACAUCCGUUCUAGGCGACACUUUCCUCCGCUCGGCUUACGUAGUUUAUGAUCUUGCGAAUAAUGAGAUAUCCCUUGCGCAGACUGAUUUCAACUCGACGACUAGCCACGUUUUGGAGAUUGGUACAGGUACCGCCAGCGUACCAGACGCCACGCCAGUAACCAGCGCUAUCGAAGCGUCCGUUUCGCAAUCUGGAGGUGCCAGAAUCGCGGGUGUGUCUGGCACAGUGACGGGAGGGUCGAUACCGACUGGGAGGAGUGGCGCUGUUUCUUCGCAUGUACCGUACAAGAUUCUUGGUGGGGCUGCUGGCCUUUGGGCAGCUCUUGCCUUGACAUCAAGAAGGCGUCGGACUCCAGCAUUUACACGGGACUUGGGCACAUCGUUUAAGCCAUUAGGAGAUGUACAUAGAAUGAAAUCAUGCGAACAAGAACACAAACUCCAACCAUUAAGAUUACCAAAAGUCCCCGGUCUUAGCGGACUUUCUGUCCUCAUUGCGCAUUCUGCCAAGACGUGGGAAAAGGUACGACCGAUCUCAGAAGGCAAUUACUAUGAAGCACAUCAGCAACUGCGAGUAGUUGCUUCCCGUUACGUCAAGUCUUCCGACUGGGACUCAGCUACCGAUAUCCUCUAUGGUGGCGCAUUGGCUUUGCUGAAGGCGGGACAAGGUGGCAGCGGCGGGGACCUGGGAUGUUUCCUCGUUGAGGUGCUAGGGAAGGCAGAGAAGGGAUGCGGCACUGGCGAGAAAGGGAAGCUGUUAACGCUGUUGAGAGCGUUCCCACCCAAUGAACCUACGAAGAAGAGAUUCGUGUCGGAGAUGGUUGCAUGGAGUGGAAAGGCUGGAGACUACCCAAAUGGAGAUCCAGAACUGCACCAUGUAGCUGGGACUUUGUUUGCAGAAGAAGGCGAGCCAUACGACGCAGAGCGCCAUCUCGCCCUCGGUACCAAAGACUCCGCUGAGCAGCUUGCCAAAGUUGAGUAUGAAUGGUACACCCAGGACGAAUCCCACACCGCCGCUCUCUACGCUGCAAGAGCCGUCUUCCCCUAUCUCCUGACUAGCAACCUCCGCUCCGCCAAUAAGGCGUAUCUCAUAUUCACCUCCCGCCUCAGCUCCUCCAACAGAUCACUCAGCGUACAGGAAGUCAGCAGCACCUCUUCCGACAUGCGCGUCUAUCCCUCAUUGCCUCUCCUCAAUUUCCUUGGUCUUCUCUUGCUGGCGGUUCAGAGGGGUAGCUCAGAUCUGUAUAAGCAGUUGGCUAAGCACUAUGCGCCGUAUGUGAAGGAGGUUGGCACUUGGGAUGAUGCAUUGGCGCAGAUAGGCGAGAUGUAUUUUGGGAUACGGAUACCGAGGCCGGGGAAUCCUUUAAUGGACGUAAUGGGGAGCUUGAUGGGAUUCGGGGGAAGCCCGAAACCAAAGCCUAGGAAGGUGGAUGCUCCAGUGCCACCAGCCGUGGACUGA